UUCCAUCCAGCAAUUUCCAGUUGACCACAGAACAAACAUAGUAGAAUACCCCACACGUUGUACGCUUUACACGAACAUCUACUAAGAACAGCCGAAGAAGAAGAAGAUCAAGAAGAAGAAACAUCUAACGAUGGAAGGACCAGAACAAGGAGUGCCCAAUUACGAAUUACAAGUCUCAUUUUCAACUCCACAUGCGAUCCACGAAAUGGGUUUUGUUCAGUUUCAAGAUCAUAACCAGGUGAUGAGCUUCUUGGCCCCCUCACAAUCUACUCAGAUUCCACAGCCUCUUGACGGCGGUGAUAACACCACCACCACCGCCGCCGGUAACAACAACAACAACAAUAGCUCUAUUGGAUUUGACCAUAAUGAGCUCGUCAACAGACCCUCUUGGAAUAAUGACCAGGUGGGGACAUUGGAUCCCAAGGCUGCAAAUAACGAGAAUUGCACCGGUAAUGCAAACGACGGUAGCAAUUCAUGGUGGAGGAGCUCAACAUCAGAGAAGAGCAAAGUAAAAAUGAGAAGAAAGCUUAGAGAACCAAGGUUCUGUUUCCAGACAAGGAGUGAUGUGGAUGUGCUUGAUGAUGGUUACAAAUGGAGGAAAUAUGGCCAGAAAGUUGUCAAGAACAGCCUUCAUCCAAGAAGUUACUACCGUUGUACGCAUAACAAUUGCCGGGUCAAGAAAAGGGUUGAAAGACUGUCGGAGGAUUGUAGAAUGGUGAUAACAACCUAUGAAGGUAGACACAAUCACUCUCCUUGUGAUGACUCAAACUCAUCCGAACAAGAGUGCUUUACCUCAUUCUAA